AUGAGGCUCUUGGACGCGAGGAAGCUUGAGCUCGUCGACGUCCGCGAUGACGCCGUACCGCCCUACGCGAUCUUGUCGCACACCUGGGGCGAUGAGGAAUUGACGCUACAGGACCUGCAGCACAUGAAGAGCCGGGUGCCGCAGCCUCUGGACAAACGCAAACGCAAGAUCGCCGACAAGAAUGGAUUCGUCAAAGUCAAAGACGCCGCCAAUCAGGCCCUGCUCCAAGGGCUGGGCUACAUCUGGAUCGACACAUGUUGCAUCGACAAGACGAGCAGCGCCGAGCUGUCCGAGGCCAUCAACUCCAUGUAUCAGUGGUAUCAUCAAGCUGCCGAAUGUUUCGCGAUUUUGACCGACGUCACGCCCGCGAAGAAAGAGGACUGGGCAGCGCCAGAGUCGACGUUCCGACGAAGCCGAUGGUUCACGCGUGGUUGGACUCUCCAAGAGCUAGUGGCGCCUCAGGUCGUGCACUUCUUUGCCCAGGAUUGGAGUCAUAUUGGGUCUAAAGGGGACGACCCGGCGUUUACGCAUGUCGUCAGCGAUAUCACCGGCAUCGACAUAGAGAUCCUCAAUGGUCGGAUCGACCCCACGCAGCUGAGCGUUGCUGCCAGGAUGCAAUGGGCGGCACACAGGCAAACUACCAGACUGGAGGACGCAGCAUAUAGCCUCAUGGGACUCUUCCGAGUCAACAUGCCGCUUCUUUACGGAGAGGGCAUCCGAGCCUUUGAACGGCUGCAGGAAGAGAUCAUUCAGAACACAGACGACGCGUCCAUCUACGCCUGGAACGCCGUCGGCGAAGACGAGGAUGACCCGGAUGCUCUCUACGGCCUCCUUGCACAAUCGCCGGCUCAGUUCCAGUUCUGCGGAGGGAUACAAGCCUUACCCCCGUCCCCCAUUUUCGCCAGCGCGCCGUCAGGCAAGACCAACCACGGCCUGCGCGUCCAACUGUACCUGCGUCCUGUGGCAACGAUGGAUCAAAACCCAAUGGAAGAAGACUACUGGGCGAUACUGGACUGCCUCGUCAGAACCGGCGAUGUUCUCGAGUGCCCAUGUAUCAAGAUUCGGCGUCUUUCCGAGGACCAGUAUGGGAGAUUAGAAACGAAAACGCAGAAACGUCUUCCCCCUUCGCAGUCCAUGUUCAUCCCAAACGAGGGUUACCGAACCAUUUUUGUCAGGCCACAGCCCGUCUACUAUCAUCUUCCAGAGUUUCGAAUCUCGCCAGUCUAUCACGAUGCCCAGUUUUUCUUGAAGGACAUCUAUCCAGCUGGGCAGUGGAACCCGUCGACAUUGACGUUCCGAGUCAAAUACGCCCGCAAGGUGAAAGCGAUGGGUCUCUUCCGCUUUCAGAAUCCCUUCUCCGAUGAGGACACCGUUGAUGUUGCUAUCGGGCUGCGGCGUAUCGAUUCGAUGAAUUGGGAAGCGUGGUGCUUUCAGUGUCGGUCCAAGCUCGGAGGCAACACCUUGGCCUCGGCUUUAGCAGCCCUGAACGAACGAAUAACUGGACUGGUCAAUCUCAAUGUGGCUAUGACAUCGACUACCCUCCAGACCGCUUUUGGAGAUGACGCCAGGCUUGCCACUGCUGCGAUCGUCGAGGCCUUACCGCUGCAAGGUCGGCUUUAUGUCUCAGUUUCAGUAAAUCUAAAACCUGAGAUGGAAGGUGUAUCGAUCCCCGAUGGCAUCCAUGUUGCCUCCCAUCCAGGAACGAAGCUCUUUCUCUCGCCUUCGCAGACUCUGCGCAUUCCAUUUCUCAAGGAAUUUCAAGUUCGUCUUCUUACAUCUCCUUGGGCACUGCAAGACCCGAUGCUCCUACAGGAGCCUUAUAGGCCUCCGGGGUUCGAGAUGGCCGUCCGAACCAAAUCGAACAUCGGCGUCCAGGGGAUGGUGAGGAGUGCUGGGGCUGAUAUACGCAAGUUUAUUGAUGGUGUCCGAGCCUGGACCAAAGGCGGAGAGGUUGAGGCUUCGACCCCAGAAGAAUUGACCGAAGAACUGGCCCUUGCACUGUUCGAAGGCAAACUUGAACGUGUUCAGGAUGCCUUACAGCGCGAGGCUGACAUCGAAGCAACUACGGACGAUCCAUUCGGACUCAAACCCUUGCAUUGGGCAUUGAUUGGCAGAUCACCCGAAUGUAUCGAGAAGUUGAUCAAGAGUGGAGCUCGGGUCGACUCGGUGACUCGAAGAGGCUGGAACUGUUUGCACAUCGCGGCCAUAUUCAGCGUGGCUCAGUGGAGAGCGUUGAGUGGCAACUACGCCCAUGCCGGAGAGUCAAUGCUGGGCGAGAUGGUACAGGGACGGUCCAAAGACGAAGGAGAUACCCCGAUCCAUCUCUCCGCUGCAUACUGCAUGUCAUUCUCUCGGGGCAACGAGUUCUUUGACUAUCUAUGGAAGAGGUCAGAAGCGCGCACGUAUCAUUUUGUGCGAAACUCACGAGACGAGACACCACUGCAUCGCGCAGCAGCGUUUGACAACCUUGCGGUUGUCGAGUACCUCGUGGGCAUAUGCUGCAGUAUCGAGACCAGCCGAAUAGACUGCGUGGACCGGUACGGCCGCUCUCCGCUGUGGCAUGCUGCUGCAGCUGGGUCCAUAUCUUCAGUCAAGGCAUUAGCUUCACGAUCGGCUGAGGUCAACUUAGCUGAUGACCUAGGUUUGACUCCACUCCAUGCGGCCUGUCGCGGUGGCCACACAGAAGUCGUCAAAGCACUGGCACAAAGACAUGCUGCAUUCGGAGCACAGACAGGCCUGCUGGGCCUGACGCCACUUCACUUUGCGGCGAUGUUCGAUCAUGUUGAGUGUCUCAAGGUUUUCCUCGAGCCGGAUAACACGCGCCCAUUCUCGCUUAAGACCCCGCUCCCAGCCCUUGACAAGGCGCUUCACAUUGCAACUUCUUGCGGCGCGCUGCAAUGUGUGCGUGAGCUCUGCAAUGGGGGCGCAUCACCUGCCAAGAAGCAGCCAUGGUAUUUCAAGCUCGAAGAGGCGUUAGGACUCCAAUAUGCUCGACCUGUUGACCAAGAGUUGACCGCAUUGGAGAUUGCCAGGAUGAUGCAGAAUACCGAGAUCAUUGAAUGCCUAGAGAGCGUACAGCUCGUGGCAGUAUCACCCGUCUUCGAUGGCGGCGUGCUUCAGCAGCAACCGCCAAGCCCAAGUCGAUACUUGAUGUCUCCAGCACAUCAAGCCAUGCCAGGACAGACAGUUCAGCAGCGCCACAACUAUGCAGAGGCCAGCCCAUAUCAAUUCGACGAGGGGUAUGUGGACAGCAAACCUCCGAUCCCAUCGCCUUCGGUGGUGGUUCCCACGCUGCCAAGCACAAUCCCACAGCAGCAACCAACCGUUCCACAAGCCACGGGACAGUCUGUCACCGUGCCUGCAUACCCGACUCCGUCUUAUUAUCAGUACCGGGCACAGACAUCGCAGGAUCCACAGUACCAGAAGUACCCCUAUGCGGCGUUGCAACCGAUGCCUUACACUUCCAUAGACAAGUCCGCCGCAACCCCAUUCUCGAAGGGGUACUAUGGGUCAGCGUCGGCAUCGGCAUCAUACCCUCCUGCGCUCUAUCCUGUGCCACCAGGUUACGGGUCAGCUCCGAACCCUUAUGGGCCAAGCCCUAACCCGGAAGACCCGUACCCGCAACCUCCCCAACCGUAUGACCCGGGGCGAUUACCGGAGACCAAGGACUAUUAUGGAGACGCACAAUAUAAGUAUAACCCGUUCUCGACCGAGUACGCGCAGAGCGUUCAUUACCCUGGGUCGCCAGGACAGUCGUAUACCGGCUUGAGCAAUCAGAAACCCCAUUUGGAAACUUACCAGCCGCAAUCAGUGGUUGGGGGUGUUUCUCCAUACCCGGAUCCGGAAUAUUUGAAUCGCUUUUCCCUGGCACCUUUAAGCUCGACGGACCCGGCGCAGGGUCAGACCAAGAUGAACCUCUUCCGGAUGCUCGGCCACCUGUUCGGCCCUGCGUACCUUGAGACUGCCCCGGAGACCGACCCGGCACUUCUGGUCAUGGAUCCGUUUGCCAAACGUGUUGUGCGAGUACUGCCAAAAGUUUUCCAGCCGUCUGGUCGGCCCCCAAUCAACGCGGAGCAGCGGCCGAUCUUUGAGCUGAGCACAACGUACCAGCGAGAGCCCCCGACGUUGUCUCUGCCAUUGCCAUUGCCAAAAGACAAGCCGAAGGACUUGGCUUCGGCAACGGCCUCGUUGCCGGCGAUGGUCUCGCCUCGCUCCGUGUCGUCGAUGGAUGUCGAUCAAGGUAGUGGUGCACCGAGUUUCCCAGUUACUCCAGUCCUUUCGCCUGGCGUCACUGAUAUAAUAUGA